AUGGCGGCUAAUAGGGCGUUGUUGAAGCGUUUCAAGAAGGGCACAGCCAAGGGCUCAUCCAAAAGUACAUCCAAGGGAAACACCGGGAGAAAUACCAAGGCAAUUCCCAAAGGAAACCAAAAAGAGCAUGGUACAAAGCUGGUCCGUGAUUCGGAUUUGAAAUGGAAAUCCGUUGAUAUUCCAGAUACUCUUGAUGAUUUUGGGGGAUUUUAUGGCUUAGAAGAAAUUGAUGGCGUGGACGUCAAAGUUGUUAAUGGGAAAGUUUUGUUUGCUGCUAAGGAUGAGAAAGUCAAGACAGGUGAGGAGAGCGAAAGUGGUUCUCAGGACAAUAAGAAUGCGAAAGCGGAUGAAUUGAUAGAGUUUAAAAAUAUGGACGAUCUGAAAGAGGCUUCAUUCAGUGGUGAAAGUGAGGAAGAAGAGGCAGUGGAGAAGGACUCCGAAGAAGAGAGAGAGGAGGAACAUGCGGACGAAAAGGAAGAGCCGAAAGAGCCGGAAGAUCCAAAGGUUGAUGGUACUGCAGCAAGCGUUGACGAGUUACAAGAAAAUGUCUUCAGUGCGGAUGUUGUUUUAGAUGACGUCACAAUAGCUGAAUUACCGGAAUGGACUUCUCUAUGUCCUCUGUCUGUAAUCACUUUGCAUGGAUUGGCCAAGAACGGAUUUAUACAUCCAACAGAGAUACAGAAAAGAGCUAUUCCUGUUGCAAUGCAAGAACAAGAUAUAAUGGGUAAGGCAGCAACUGGCUCCGGUAAAACAUUGGCAUAUGGUAUACCAAUUUUGGAGAGUUUAGUCAAAAGUAAAAGCUCAGUCGACCCUAUAGGCUUAAUUUUCACUCCAACGAGGGAAUUGGCUCAACAAGUAACAAAGCAUUUACAGAAUAUGGCAGAAUUAGUGGUAAAAAAAACACCAUAUUGCAUUGUGUCACUUACAGGUGGUCUCUCAAUUCAAAAGCAGCAAAGAUUACUUAAUUAUGAGGGAAGUGGUAGAAUCGUUGUAGCUACUCCAGGUAGAUUCUUAGAAUUAAUUGAAAAGAAUGACUCAUUUCUCAAAAGAUGUGCCAAUAUCAAAACUUUGGUACUUGAUGAGGCUGAUAGAUUAUUACAAGAUGGUCACUUUGAUGAAUUUGAAAAAAUUUUAAAACAUCUUACCAUAGCGAGAAAAGGUUCCAAGAAAGAAGCUUGGCAGACGAUGAUUUUCUCGGCAACAUUUUCCAUGGAUCUAUUCGGUAAGUUAUCGAAUGUAACGUGGAAAAAGGAUUCAAAGAAUGACAAUACUAGUGAAAUGGAACUGGUUUUGAGACAUUUAAUGCAGAAAAUCAAUUUCAAGUCAAAACCGACUAUAAUUGAUACAAACUCUGAUGGAAUGAUGAACAAGCAAAUCAAGGAAUCGCUAAUUGAAUGUGGACCUUUGGAGCGUGAUUUGUACUCAUAUUAUUUCGUUACAAUGUAUCCGGGUUCUACAUUAAUUUUCUGUAAUGCGAUUGAGUCGGUGAAAAAAUUAAAUGCAACUUUGAAUAAUUUACAAGUAUCAACUUUCCAGAUACAUUCCUCAAUGACACAGAAAGCUAGGCUAAGAAAUUUGGAAAGAUAUCAAGAACAACUGAAAAAGAACAAAGUACUUGGCAAGUCUACCGUAUUAAUAGCGAGUGAUGUUGCUGCAAGGGGUUUAGAUAUAUCUGAUAUUCAACACGUUAUUCAUUAUCAUUUACCUCGUACCGCAGAUGUUUACAUUCAUAGAUCAGGUAGAACCGCACGUGCAGAGAAAGAAGGUGUUUCGGUUAUGAUCUGCUCACCAGAAGAAGCCCAAGGACCAUUGAGAAAACUGAGGAAGUUAUUAGCCGGUAAAAAAGAGAGUGGAUUUGUAAAAUAUAAAAAAUGGCAAAAGGCAGUACCGCUAUUACCGAUAGAACCAGACAUUGUAAAGCAGUUAAGAGAUCGGUGUCGUUUAGCUAGUGAAUUGGCUGACCAUGACUUAAUAUCCACUUCAUUGCGAAAAGAGGGAGAUUGGUUGAAGAAGGCUGCUGAUGACCUAGGUAUGGAUGUGGACUCCGACAAUGAAGGAAAAGAUAUUAUCUUGGCAAAGAAUAAAUUAAAGAAAUUGGGAAAGACUAUGAGUAAAGAUAACUUGAAAAAUAUUAGAGGAGAAUUGAAACGAUUGCUGCAUACACCAUUAAGAAAAGAUAUGAGAAAAAAAUAUCUCACUGGGGGACUUGUAAAUUUAGCUGAUGAUAUGGUUAAAAAAAGAGGACAUGAUACAAUCAUUGGUCAAGAUAAACAAGGCCUCUUAGACCUCUUGAAAAAUAAGAAGAGAAAAAAAGGAAAAAAUUAA